AUGUCUAGUUCUAGUUCUGUGAGCAGCUGCUACUAUCCCAACGGCUUACUGGCGAAAGACGACACGCCAUGCGAUCCAGAUGCCACCACAGGUAGCCCUUGUUGCGGUGCAGGAAUCGGCGGCGUGUGUCUUUCCAAUGGCCUCUGUCAAGGAGGCAACGGAAAUGUCGUUCGGGGUUCCUGUACUGAUUCAGACUGGGGCGAUGGCUGUCCGCAUUACUGUUUGGGUGCAUCAACGGGAGGCACAGAUUUGAUAUCAUGCUCAAACGUCACCGGCACGGAUACAUCAUACUGCUGCGACCACACGUCGUUUUGCUGCGACACGGGCGUCAGCCGCUUCACGGUACUGCCGUCGAACCCGACCACGUCGGCGACCUGGAACCCUUCUUCGUCCAUAUACGUUGUAGUAGCAUCAAAGUCGUCGUCGACUACAAGCACGACAUCGACGGGGUCAACGACGACAACGACAACGGGAACCUCACAGGGGGAAACGACGCCGAGUAGUAGCGGCAGCAAUAGCAGCAGUACUGCGGAAACCAGCGGCACCGGAGCAGCCGUCGCCAGCGGCUCGACCGGACUAAGUUCGGGCGCCGCGGCAGGCAUAGGCGUGGGCGGCGGUGUCGCCGUGAUCAUCAUUGCCUGCAUAGCAUUCUUCCUCAUCAGGUCGCACCGGAAAAGAAAACGGCAGCCCCAGGGUUUAGCAAUGCGGGAUCAAGUCGACCAACAAAACGAACCGCCGCUCAUGACUGAGCAUUAUCAUCCCAAGCCCGUGGAAGCACCCGAUCACGCUCCCGUGGAGGCGCCCGACAAUGUGGCCCUGUACCUGCACGAACUGCACUCCGACCGGAUGCCACCCCAAGAAUUACCGGACAAUAGCAGAAUGUACCACUAG